AGAGACUUUGUGCAUGAAAUGUUUCACUUUCUUAUAUUUCUCAGUCCAUUAUAACCAAAGCCCAAAACAGUAAGAGAAGCAGAAGCAAAGCAAGGAAGAAAAAGAAAGAUGCCAGAAUUCUGUGUAACAGGAGGAACGGGUUUCAUAGCUGCUAACCUGGUUAAGGCCUUGCUAGAGAAAGGCCACACUGUAAGAACCACUGUGCGAGAUCCUGGGGACGUGGAAAAAGUUGGAUUUUUGUGGGAAUUGAAUGGAGCAAAGGAGAGGCUUAAGAUUUAUAAAGCAGAUUUAAUGGUGGAAGAAAGCUUUGAUGAAGCUAUACAAGGUGUUGAUGGGGUCUACCAUACUGCAUCACCGGUGCUUGUCCCCUAUGACAACAAUGUUCAGGCAACUUUGAUUGAUCCAUGUAUAAAGGGCACUUUGAAUGUGCUAAAUUCCUGCUCAAAAGCAGAUAGUGUGAAAAGGAUUGUGCUUACCUCUUCUUGUUCUUCAAUAAGAUACCGCUUUGAUGUCCAACAAGUUUCUCCUCUCAAUGAAUCGCAUUGGACUGAUCUCGAGUAUUGCAAACGCUACAAUCUUUGGUAUGCAUAUGCAAAGACAGUUGGUGAGAAAGAAGCAUGGAAAAUGGCAAAGGAGAAAGGGCAGGAUCUGGUGGUCGUGAACCCAUCUUUUAUUGUUGGUCCUCUUCUUUCUCCACAACCAACCAGCACUCUGCUUAUCAUACUUGCAAUUAUUAAAGGUUUGAGAAGUGAAUAUCCAAAUACAACAGUUGGUUUUGUGCACAUAGACGAUGUGGUAGAAGCUCACAUAUUAGCAAUGGAGAACAAGAGAGCAUCAGGCAGACUUAUAUGUUCAAGCUCAGCGGCUCACUGGUCUCAAAUUAUCCAAAUGCUAAGGGCCAAAUAUCCAUCCUACCCUUAUACAGACAAGUGUAGCAGCCAGGAAGGAGACAAUAGUCUACACAGCAUGGAUACAAGCAAAAUUGCUGAGCUGGGAUUUCCUGCUUUCAAAUCCCUUGAUCAAAUGUUUGAUGAUUGCAUCAAAAGCUUCCAAGACAAAGGGUUUCUGUGAAGUCCAUGAGAGGGCUUUUGCAAAAUUCUAGCUCGUAAGUCUUUUUGUUCACCUGUACUGUAAAGAAAGCCAUUAAUUCAAUGGAUAUUAUACCAUAGACAAUUGGUUUUCUCAGGCUGAUCCGGACGUGUAAUAAUUGAUUAAGACAAAAGAGUACAUCUAUGGAAGAAAAGAAACAAAUCAUGGUCAUUCACAAUUUGUUUUCCUCUUUUUUCAUUUUCUAGUUUAAAUCUUAUGAUGGAGCAUAACCAUAUGAUAUCUUACAUACACCAUCCUAGCUGACGAGAGAGAUUACAACAUCUGACUUCGAAGCUGGUCACGGAAUUAUUUUGGGAAGGCGGUGCCAAUCAAAUUGUUCCGAUAUAGGGAACAAAAA